CUUGUCUUUUCACCAAACAACACAGUUAGCUAAAUAUUAUUUAAAAUGUACUUUAAGGUAAUAUGCCUUGCGGCUUUCGUCAGCGCAGUGAUGUCCCAGCACGGGCACGAGCACGCGCACUCCUCGCAGCACAUCUCCAAGCACGACGGGCACGCGGAGCCGGUCGUCAUCAAGGACCACCACGGCCACGAGAAACAUGUCGACUACUACACGCAUCCCAAGUAUGAGUUCAAGUACGAGGUCUCGGACAAGCACACGGGCGACCACAAGACGCAGCACGAGCACCGCGACGGCGACGUCGUCAAGGGCUUCUACAGCCUGCACGAGCCCGACGGCUCCGUCAGGGACGUGCACUACGAAAGCGAUAAGAAGACUGGUUUCCACGCUGAGGUGAAGCACAGCACCCACCACAUCGUACCGGAGCACCACCAUCACCAUUAACGUUUGUUUCUACUAACCAUAUUUGACCAAUUA